CCAGGGAUCGAACCCGGGUUUCCAGCAUUGCAGGCAGACCGUCUGAGCCACCAGGAAAGCCCAUGUAAAACUGUUCCCCAAAAGCAAGUUUUACUAAAAGAGAAAAAAAUUUGGCCCCUCCAACUACCCCAGCGCCCAAAGCAGGAAAGGGCUUUGCCCUUCACAAAGAUGGCGGCCGCCGGCGUCGGAGGCGAUCCGCCUCUUUGAAGAAUGUCGGCGCCGGCGGGAGGAACCGGAAGCGCGGUCUGGUGGCGGCGCCGGUCGGCGGUAGGCGCGUGAACGCGCAGGGCGGCGCGGGUCCCGGCAUGAAGCUGGGGCGGGCUGCGCUGGGCCUGCUGCUGCUGGCGCCGUUGGCGGUGCGGGCGGUGGAGCCCAUCAGCCUGGGACUGGCCCUGGCCGGCGUCCUCACCGGCUACAUCUCCUACCCGCGCCUCUACUGCCUGUUCGCCGAGUGCUGCAGCCCGAAGCGGAGCCUCAGCCGGGAAGCGCUGCAGAGGGAUCUCGACAGCAAGCUCUUUGGACAGCAUCUUGCAAAGAAAGUCAUCUUAAAUGCUGUGUCUGGCUUCAUCAGCAACCCGAAGCCCAAGAAACCUCUCACCCUCUCCCUGCACGGGUGGACAGGCACUGGCAAAAAUUUUGUCAGCAAGAUCAUCGCGGAGAAUAUCUACGAGGGUGGUCUGAACAGUGACUAUGUCCACCUGUUUGUGGCCACGCUGCACUUCCCACACAUCUCGAAUAUCACCCUGUAUAAGGAUCAGUUACAGUCGUGGAUUCGCGGCAAUGUGAGUGCCUGUGCGAGGUCCAUCUUCAUAUUUGACGAAAUGGACAAGAUGCACGCUGGCCUCAUAGACGCCAUCAAGCCUUACCUAGACUAUUACGACAACCUGGAUGGGGUCUCCUAUCAGAAAGCCAUCUUCAUAUUUCUCAGCAAUGCUGGAGCAGAAAGGAUCACAGACGUGGCUUUAGAUUUCUGGAGAAGUGGAAAGCAGAGGGAAGAAAUCAAGCUCAAAGACAUGGAGCAUGCCUUGUCUGUGUCGGCCUUCAAUAACAAGAACAGUGGCUUCUGGCACAGCAGCUUAAUUGACCGAAACCUCAUCGACUAUUUCGUUCCCUUCCUCCCGCUGGAAUAUAAACACCUGAAGAUGUGCAUCAGAGUCGAAAUGCAGUCCCGCGGCUACAGGGUGGACGAGGACAUUGUGAGCAGGGUGGCCGAGGAGAUGACAUUUUUCCCCAAAGAGGAGAGAGUUUUCUCCGACAAAGGCUGCAAAACCGUGUUCACCAAGUUAGAUUACUACUACGAUGACUGAUGGCACCAGGGCAGCUUCCCGCACCCCCGCUCCGGCCCUGGAGAGGAGCAAGGUGAAUUCUUCCUGCGUGACAGGACAGGCACUUCCCCGGGCAUUGUUUUUUCAUCCAGCAGAACCUUCAGGCUGUCAGUGACAGAGGCAGAUGGGGAGCAGCCCCCGGGGCCUGCAGAGGAGGGGAGGAGCCAGCGCCCAGCCAAGCCAGGGCUCAUGAUUUUUUUUUUUUUAAAAAAUCAUGUUUUAAUUUUAAGUGUUUCUGUUUCAAGGAAGGAUGAAUCAGUUUUACUGGAAAAUGUGAUAAUUUUUAUUUAAAAUGGUUUUUAACAUUAUGAGAAACUUUUCAGACUCUUAA